AUGCUUCUGCUGCUACUCCUGGGGGCUGCCGCAAGCAGAUGUCUGCAUGAUGAGGCACAGAAGUCUGUGAGCCUUCUCAGGCCCCCUUUCUCCCAACUUUCCUCAAACUUCCGCUCUUCCUCCCUCACUCUCCCUGGCUCUCAUGAUCCUCAACCCCUCCGAAUCCAAACCUGCUAUAUAAGAGACCCUGUGUCAGAUGGAGCUGGGGAUCCUGAGGGAGAUGGGAUGAGUGGGGAAGCCCAAGCCCUGGCCGCGGUGAGAGAGGCUGCUCAGCAACUACAGGGUGUCCUAGCAGUGCAAGGACCCCUGCUUCUGAGCCGAGACCCUGCACAGUACUGCCAUGCUGUCUGGGGAGACCCAGACACCCCAAACUACCACAGGUGUAGCCUCUUGAAUCCAGGGUACAAAGGAGAGAGUUGCCUGGGUGCAAAAAUCCCUGAAGCCCAUCUCCGCGGUUAUGCCUUGUGGCCAGAGCAGGGUCCCCUGCAACCAGUCCAGCCAGAUGGGCCUGGGGUCCAAAACACGGAUUUUCUCCUGUAUGUGCGGGUUGCCCACACUUCCCAGUGCCACCGAGAGGUGAGGAAGAUUUCUCCUGUGUUAUCUUACUUCUCUCCUUUCCUCCCCUGCGUUGUCCUCACCCAUCCACAGCCCUCUCUCAUUGCCUAUGCUGCCUGUUGCCAGCUGGACUCAGAAGACAGGCCCCUUGCUGGUACCAUUGUCUACUGUGCCCAGCAUCUCACCAGCCCCAGCCUCAGCCACAGUGACAUUGUCAUGGCCACACUACAUGAAUUGCUCCAUACCCUGGGUUUCUCUGGACAGCUCUUCAAGAAGUGGCGGGAUUGCCCCUCAGGACCCAGCGUUCGAGAGAACUGUUCUACAAGGCAACAGGUGACAAGGCGAGAUGAGUGGGGACAGCUGCUUCUCACCACCCCAACUGUUAGCCACAGCCUGGCCAAACACUUGGGAGUGCUAGGAGUUUCCCUGGGUGCCCCCUUGGAAGAAGAGGGCCCUUUGUCUUCACACUGGGAGGCCCGACUACUCCAAGGCUCUAUAAUGACUGCUACCUUUGACGGUGCCCAGCGUGCUCGACUAGACCCAAUCACUCUUGCUGCCUUCAAAGACUCAGGCUGGUACCAAGUCAAUCACAGUGCUGCAGAGGAGCUGUUGUGGGGCCAGGGAUCUGGCCUGGAAUUUGGCCUGGUGACCACAUGUGGUACUGGCUCCUCAGACUUCUUCUGUACUGGCAGUGGACUGGGCUGCCACUACCUGCACCUGGACAAGGGAAGCUGCUCCUCAGACCCUGUGCUGGAAGGCUGCCGCAUGUACAAGCCCUUGGCCAACCGAAGUGAAUGCUGGAAGAAGGAAAAUGGACUCCCACCUGGGGCAGCGAAUCCCCAUGGGGAGAUCUACCAUUCCCAGAGUCGGUGCUUCCUUGCCAACCUCACAUCACAACUGCUCCCUGGGGACAAGGCCAGGUUUCCCUCUCAGAUCCCACACCUGCAGGAAGCAGAGCUCGCUGGCCACUGCUACUUACAUCAAUGCACAGAGAGGGGAGCCUAUAAGGUGCAGGUGGAGGGGUCCCCCUGGGCCUCAUGCCCUCCAGGAGAGGCUAUUCAGAUACCCAGGUACCAUGGUCUUCUCUUCUGUCCCCGAGGUCGGCUGUGUCAGACUAAUGAAGGUACAGAUUCUGCUGUUACUACCCCACCUAUGAGUCUUUCAACCCAAGACCUGUUAUUCAGGCUGUCUUUAGGAUUAGCUGGACCCCCAGGCCAUUCCCUGGGGAAGGAAGAACGAGAAGAGUUGACUGAAGCAAUUCUACAGGCUCUGGUGAACAGAGGCACUAGCAGGUGCUACUUCCACAGCCCUUCAAUUACCACUAGCCUGGUAUUCACUGUACAUAUAUGGAAGUCUCCUGGUUGCCAAGGACCUUCAGUUAGUAUGCUGCACAGGGCUCUGACCCUGACUCUCCAGAAGAAGCCUCUAGAAGUAUAUUAUGGAGGAGCCAACUUUACCACAGAAAACAGCAAGUUGCUGGUUACCUCGGGCCAUAAUGCCUCCAUGACCCAUCUAGGUCUGUCCACAGGGGUCUGCCUAACACUGCUUAUCCUGGUGGGUGCACUGGGAACCGUGGCCUAUCAGAAACGAGCUACUCUUCAGGUGGGCCCAUCUGCCCCUUACCAUUCACCAGAGGUCCAAAACACAAGGGGCUUAGCUGGAGGAAUAAGGGAGGUGUGAUAUUACUAAAAGCAUGAUGGGGCAGGACACAAAUUAUUUCAAGACAACUGAGUGGGCCCUGGCUGGUAUGGCUCAUGGACUGAGUGUCAGCCUGUGAA